UUCACUAAAAAUCCCAUAACUUCCCAAUUCCAUCCAAACUAGGCUAAUAUGUGUAACUUCGGGGGUUAAAAAAACCCAACCAAAGAAUCAUUGGCAGACUAAUUCACACUCACUGUUCUAUUGGGUAUCCAUAAUAUUUAUAUAUCCCUUUCUCUCUAUAUAUAAAUUCACUACCCCACUCUCCUUCCCUUGCUUUUUUCAUACCCUCCAACCUUUUCUCACAAAAGCUCUCUUUUUUUGUUUGGGGUAUUGGAGGAGGAACAGAUGGAAGCUCAAGAAGAAGUCAUGAUGGGGUCUAGAGAUCAAACCCACAUCGUCAAAGGCAAGCGCACCAAACGCCAAAGGCCUCAAUCCCCCAUCCCUUUUGCCAUGAUCACUACUACAAGUGGAGAUGAUAUUACUGGUGGUGGUAGCGGUGGUGGCGGCAGCGGCGGCACUACUACUGGCGGCGAUUGUUACAAUGUUGAUAUCCUCAAUACCAACAAUAUUAUCAAUUGGUCACCUCCUGCCACUACUUCAACUGAAUUACAAGAUAGCACUGAGGAAGAAGAGGACAUGGCCAAUUGCCUAAUCCUUCUAGCUAAAGGACAAUCCGUUCGCGGCCGCGGUGAGUCCCUCAAACAAGUUGAAGAAGAUGUUGCUGCUGCUGCUGCUUCUGCUUCUGCUUAUAAGCUUAAUAGUCGAAGAGAGGCGGCAGGCACGGGAAUAGGUCCAGGCACCGGCACAGGCAUAGGCACGAGUACGGGUACGGGUACGGGUACGGGUACAGACACGAGUAAUAAGGCUGGAUGUUAUAUUUACGAGUGCAAGACAUGUAACCGGACAUUCCAAUCAUUCCAAGCGCUCGGUGGGCAUAGGGCAAGUCACAAGAAGACUAAGGCCUUGGCAGCAGCAGCAGAAGAAAAGAAGCAAUUUUUAUUGUCUUCGGAGGAUGAUAGUAUUGAGGAAGCACAACAACAACAACAAGUGAUCAUCAAGAAGAAUAAUAAUGAUCAUUUCUCUUCAUCUCUUUCUCUACAAUUGAGUAAUAGUUCUAGAGGUUUGUAUAGCAAUAAUAACAAUAUUAACAGGUCAAAUAAUAAUAAUAAGGUUCAUGAGUGUUCGGUUUGUGGUGCGGAAUUCACGUCCGGACAGGCCUUAGGUGGUCACAUGAGACGGCACCGUUCACCUAUGGGGACAAGUAGUAGUACUAGUUUGUCUUUGACAGCUCCAAUAGCUUUGGAAUCUGAUCAAUAUCAUCAGGAACAACCACCAAACAAGAAGCCAACACACAUGCUUUCAUUGGAUUUGGAUCUCAACCUUCCUGCCCCAGAAGAUGAUCAUGAUCAUGUUCAUGGAGUUGAACAGAAAUUCCCAUUUGCACCGAAGCAACAACAGCAACAGCAACAACAGAAACAACAGCAACAACAAUCAACUAGUCUUGUUUUCUCCGCCCCAACUUUGGUGGACUGUCAUUACUAAACAAAAGGGUCAGAAAUUUUUUUAUUUGUUUAUUUUCAAUUUGUUUAUCUUGCACGAUUUCUCAAGCUCAUUUGAGGAGAAUUAUAUACGGUAAUUUGUUUUUUUGUUUAUAUAUAUUUUACCAUUCAAAAAC